AUGGCUCACACGUAUCCAAAACUUACCUCCAAAGAUUACAUAUUCUAUGAUUUGGUCAAGUCCAUGGGUCACCCGCCCAUUGUGAUCACAGACUUCCGCCCGUUUGUCUACGAGAUAGCUCUAAUUACCUCCCACGACGUUUGCGAACAAAUCACCAAGUCUUCCAAAACUUUCCCUUAUAGCGUUCCGAAGUCGCCUACAAUGGGAGAUCUACUACCACUUAUCGGUGAACGUUCCUUACUUAUCGCUGAGGAUGAGAUAUGGAAAGCCUUGCGCCGAACCUACAACCAAGGCUUUGCGCCCACACAUCUCGCGACCCUCCUUCCACGUAUCGUUGAAAAGACGAAGCUCUUCGUAAUCCGCCUUGAUGAGCUUGCCAAGUCAGGAAAAUCAUCCCCAAUGGAUGGUGUCUGCAUUGAUCUCACCUUUGACAUCAUUGGUGCCGUCGUUAUGGACGUUGACCUCAACGCUCAACUAGACGUAUCCAAGCAAAGCGCCCUUGUGCGCUACUACCGCGAGCUCAUCCACUCCUACACGGACCAAACCGGCCUCGUCGGCCUGCCGAACAACCCAUUUCUAACACGGCGGCGCAAGAAGCUCACCCGUGCCAUCGACGAAGAGCUGAAAGCCAUCAUCAGCUCCAAGCACGCCGAAGUCAUCGCCAAAACCGGGGGCCAAGAGCCCCUAAUCAACGGCAACAGCCAAGUUCCCAAGAACAGCCGCCCCCGCUCCGUCCUCGCGCUGAGCCUGCAAGCCGAAUCCUCGACCUCGCCGCUCUCGCCGCUCGCCCUCCAGACCACCGCCGACACGCUCAAGACGUUCCUCUUCGCCGGGCACGACACGACCAGCAUCCUCCUGCAGUGGGCCUUCUACGAGCUCUCGCGCACGCCGCGCGCCCUCGCCUCGCUGCGCGCCGAACUCGACGCCGUCUUCGGCGCGAGCGCGACGUCCGCAGACAUCGCCGACGCGCUGGCCUCCCCCGGCGGCGACGACGCCAUCAAGAAGCUCGCCUACACCUCGGCCGUCAUCAAGGAGACGCUACGCCUCUACCCGCCCGCCGGCUCCGCCCGCCGCGUCCCUGACGGCGCGGGCUUCAUGGUCAACGUGCCCAGCGGCGACGGCAGCGGCGGGACCAAGAGCGUCUGCCUCGACGGCUUCGUCCUGUACAACUGCCACUUCAUCGUCCAGCGCGACCCGGCCGUCUUUGGGCCCGACGCCGACGAAUGGGUGCCCGAGCGCUGGCUGGGCGACGUCGACACGUCGCGCGUCGACGAGAUUCCGGAGAAGAGCAGCAGCACUAACGGCGGCGCAUCUUCGACAACGAAAAAGGUGCCGCCGAGUGCGUGGAGGCCCUUCGAGCGCGGCCCACGGAACUGCAUCGGACAGGAGCUGGCGAACCUGGAGGCCCGGGUGAUCCUGGCGGUGGCGGCGCGACGAUACGACUUUAUAAAGGUAGGCGCCGGUGAGGUGCUCAAGGACAAGGAGGGAAACCCGGUGCUGGACGAUGUGAAGGGGCGAUAUGAGGUUGUGAGCCCCAUGUUCAACACGCGACAGGUUACUUCAAAGCCCUUUGAUGGGAUGACUAUGGUGGUCAAAUUCCAUGAGCAGCAGGCAUGA